CUGUCACAAAUGUUCGAGAUUUCAAAUGUAAAGCACGUGUUCGUUUUUAAAACGGUUUUCGUUACUUUUAAUUUUUAUCGUUUCAACUAACCGUCGUCGUACAGUGAUCGAAAGCAAUGCCGAAAAAAGAAAACUUACCUGAUUUUCAAGAUUCUCCGCGGAGAUCGUCGAGAUUAAGUCUGAAUUCUGUGCCAUCUUCGAUAAAAACCCGCAGAGGAUCGCAAGAUACGGUGACUUCCACUCCUAAAACGAUGAAAACCAGAAGAUUAUCGCAAAUCCAGGACAACGAAGAGAAGGAGAAUUUGGAGAGGAACGUUUUAAGGAGAAGAGCCUCUCAACUGAUCGAAGAGCCGGAAGAAAAACCGUCGCCGAGGCGACAAACCAAAACGCCCAAACCGGAAGAGAAAGGAGCCGAGGAGCCGAAGAAACGCGGACGAAAACCGUCCAUAACCAAAACAAGAAACGAAGUGGAAGAUGAUAAAGUACAAGACGAAGAACCCAAAACUCGAAUGACAAGAAGAAAUUCCGUUGCCAGGGCCAAAAGUGAAGAGGAGGAAAACGUCCAAGUGGUCGAGACCAGAACGCGAAUCACCAGAAGAAAUUCCAUCGCCAAAAACAACGAAGAAGCGGCGGAAGAGACACCGAAAAAAAUUACCAGAAGCAGAAGAAGUUCUUUGGCAAAGGACGACGAAGGAACGGUACCGAAAAUUACGAGAAGCAGACGAAGUUCCAUCAACAGUGUCGCCGAAGAGAAACCGACCGGUCCCAAAACCAGAAGACGCUCUUCUGUGGCGGAAGAGGAUCGCGAAGAGAAAACCGUGACGCUGACCCCGAUUAAAAUGAAAAAGAAACAGGAGAACUUCGUCGAUCCGAAUUUGAGCGUGAUUUGCGAAUCGGAAGACGACACAAAAGUUUCGCCACGGAGAUCACCGAGAAUCAACAAGAUGGGAGGAAGCGCGAAGAAAGAAUCGCCGUCGAAACGUUCGUUGAACACCAGCGAAAACGAAGAGUCCCCCAAAAAGAAAAAGACCGAAGAAAAUAGUGAAGAUGCGACCGAAAAGAGUGCAGAAGAAGAAACCAGAAAAAAUUUGGAAGAGGUCGUCUUCGUAUUGAACGAAGAGUUUGUCGAUAAAAAAGAACAACUGAAAUCGAUGAGUGACGAUUACGAAUUUCAACUUUCCGAUGAAGAGGAAUCGAAGAACGAUCAAGUUUUGGCCGACAAAAACGAAGAAAAAGUUAAAGAACAAGAGGAAAACGAACCACCUAAAGAGACGACGAAGGUUCCGACCAAAGAAAAUGAAAAAUCAGAUGUAGAAAUCGAUUCCGAUUUGGAGGCCAAGUUGCUGGAAGAAGACAGUUGUGAAAUGUCUAAAUUACGCUUGGAAGAAACGGUUUUAGAAGAAAAAUUAAAUAAAUCUUCGGAAAAUAAUAUAAAUGGCGAUUUAGAAGACAGCGACGAUGAAGUGGAAUUCAAUUUCAAAAACAGAGGAAAUAAAUCAAAAGAUACAUCACCGAAAUUGGGACGGACCGAACAGGAUUCGGAAAAUUCAGCAAAAAUUGAACAAAACCAAAUACAACAAGCUGUUAAUUCAUCAACAAUCGGGCUGUCUCCCGAAACAAAAAAGAACGAUAAUCGCAGAUCGUCGGGCAAACGUACUUCCCUUAAUUCGUCCAAGUUAGAAUCGGAAAGAAAGGAAUCUGAUUCCGUGGUGACGUCGAAAGUAGAAGAAAACGAAGAACAAAACAGUCCAACUAGUUUGUCUUUAAAUUCUUCACAAUCAGAAGAAAACUCAAAAAAAUUAGGCGACGAACACAACAAACGUGUUUCUUUGAAUUCGUCCAAAUCAGAAGAAACAUCUACUGUGGGAAGUGGGACUGGCGAAACGUUGAAUUCUUCAAAAAUAGAAAUAACCACAAGCUGUUCCGAAGUGCAAGAAGAAAAAAUAUUAACCAAUUCAGAAGAAAAUUUAGAUAAAAAUGAAGAAGCACAAGAAACCUUGAUUAACCGAUCAAACUUGAAUAAACUUUCAUCAGAUGACAAUACCGAGGAAGAAUCAAAAGAACAAGCCAAUCCAGAAGAAAUUACCUCUUCCAAAGCCGAAGAAGGUGACGAAGAAAUUAAUCGUGCGGAGGAUCCCGAAGAGAAGGGAGUCAGUCUGAACACCUCAAAAUUGGAAUCGACGACUAGGAAGAGCUUGAAUUCGUCGAAAUCAAUAUUAAAUUCACCGAAACAGAACGGCGAGACUUGCGCGUCUUUAAAUUCCUCAAAAUUGAUAGAGAACAAUCGAGUAGAAGUGGAAAUAGAAGAGAUAAAAAAACGUGAUUCUCCAAACUCAUCAAAAACAGAAGAAAAAUCUACUACUUCUGAAACAGAAAAAGAUACGUUCAAAAAGCCGUCGAAUAUAGAAGAAAAUCUAGAAGAGAGCAGCGAAGAUGAGGAUUACGAACCGGCAAACUUAUCGAAACUGGAAGACGGUCUUUCGUCUGGAACGGAAAAUGAAGGAGAAGAAGAAUCGUUCAUGAACAAAUCAAACUUGGAGAAAAACUCGACGGGCGGCAAAAACGAAAAGAGAAUCAGAAAACAAACAAAUGUAGAAGAACUUGCCACUUCUAAAGUCGAAGAAUACUUCAAGAAUAAAUUGGAAGAGAGUGAUGAUGACGAAGAUUCUGAUGAAGAAAUGGAUCAAGAAGUGUCUUGUGAAGAUGAGAAAGUUAAAGAGACGAGAAUCAGUUUGAACUCUUCAAAAUUGGAAGGAACCACCAGGAAGAGCUUGAAUUCGUCAAAGUCAAAAGAAAUCUCGCCGAAACAGAAAGAAAGUCGUCCAUCUUUAAAUUCCUCAAAACCGGUGGAGGGCAAUGGAAAAGUGGAAGAAGCCAAGAAACGUGAUUCUUUAAAUUCAUCAAAAACAGAACAAAAAUCUACCAGUUCCGAAACAGAAGAAGGCGUAUUCAAAAAACCAUCAAAUAUAGAAGAAAAUCUAGAAGAGAGCAGCGAAGAUGAAGAUUACGAACCGGAAAACUUGUCGAAACUAGAAGACGGUCUUUCGUCUGGAACCGAAAAUGAAGGUGAAGACGAAUCGUUCAUGAACAAAUCAAACUUGGAAAAAAAUUCAACAGACGCCAAAAACGAGAAGAGAAUUAGAAAACAGACCAAUAUUGAAGACUUUGCCACUUCCAAAGUCGAAGAAUACUUCAAGAAAAAAUUGGAAGAGAGUGACGGGGACGAAGACUCAGAUCAAGAAAUGGAUCAGGAGGAGGUUUCUGAAGAGACAACAGCCAGUCUGAACUCUUCCAAAUUGGAAGAAACAACUAGGAAGAGCUUAAAUUCGUCGAAAUCAAUAGAAAAUUCUUCGAAACAGGACGGCAAAACUCCCACGACAUCUCCAAAUUCUUCUAAACUGGUAGAGAACAAUGAAAAAUUAGAGGAUACUAAGAAACGUGAUUCUUUAAAUUCAUCAAAAACGAUAGAAAAAUCUGCUGCUUCCGAAACACAAGAAAGCACAUUGACAGAAAAGUCAAAUAUAGAAGAAAAUCUAGAAGAGAGCGGUGAAGAUGAGGAUUACAAUCCGGCAAACUUAUCGAAACUAGAAGACGAACUUUCGUCUGGAACCGAAAAUGAAGGAGAAGAAGAAUCGUUUAUGAACACGUCAAACUUGGAGAAAAACUCGACGGACGGCAAAAACGAAAAGAGAAUCAGAAAGCAGACCAAAGUAGAAGAACUCGCCACUUCCAAAGUCGAAGAAUACUUCAAGAAUAAAUUGGAAGAGAGUGACGAUGACGAAAACUCUGAUGAAGAAGCGGAUCUAAAGGUUUCUUCUGGUCAAGAUGAGAAAGUCGUUGAAGAGAAGAAAGUCGGUCUGAGUUCUUCUCCAAAAUUGGAAGGACCAACCAGAAAGAGCUUGAAUUCGUCAAAAUCAAAGGAAAUUUCACCAAAACAGAAAAAAACUCGUGCAUCUUUAAAUUCUUCAAAUCUUGUAGAGGACAAUCGCAAAAUAGAAGAAGCCAAGAAACGUGAUUCGUUAAAUUCAUCAAAAACAAAACAAAAAUCCAUCAGUUCCGAAACGGAAGAAAAUGCGUUCAAAAAACCAUCAAGUAUUGAAGAAAAUCUAGAAGAAAGUACCGAAGAUGAGGAUUAUGAACCGAACAACUUAUCGAAGAUAGAAGACGACGGUCUUUCAUCGGGAACCGAAAAUGAAGGAGAAGAAGAAUCGUUCAUGAACACAUCAAACUUGGAGAAAAACUCGACGGGCGACAAAAACGAAAAGAGAAUCAGAAAGCAGACCACAGUAGAAGACCUCGCCACUUCCAAAGUCGAAGAAUACUUCAAGAACAAAUUGGAAGAGAGUGACGAUGACGAAAACUCUGAUGAAGAAGCGGAUCUAAAGGUUUCUUCUGGUCAAGAUGAGAAAGUCGUUGAAGAGAAGAAAGUCGGUCUGAGUUCUUCUCCAAAAUUGGAAGGACCAACCAGAAAGAGCUUGAAUUCGUCAAAAUCAAAGGAAAUUUCGCCAAAACAGAAAAAAACUCGUGCAACUUUAAAUUCCUCAAAUCUUGUAGAGAACGAUCGUAAAACCGUAGAAAAACCCAAGAAACGGGAUUCGUUAAAUUCAUCAAAAACAAAACAAAAAUCAAUUAUCGAAGAAAAUCUAGAAGAAAGUAGCGAAGAUGAGGAUUAUGAACCGAACAAUUUAUCGAAGAUAGAAGACGGUCUUUCAUCUGGAACCGAAAAUGAAGGAGAUGAAGAAUCGUUCAUGAACACAUCAAAUUUGGAAAAAAAUUCGACAAAAGACAAAGUCGAAAAGAGAACUAGAAAACAGACAAAUGUAGAAGAACUCGCCACUUCCAAAGUAGAAGAAUACUUCAAGAACAAAUUAGAAGAGAGUGAUGAUGCCGAAGAUUCAGAUAAAGAAACGGAUCGAGAGGUUUCUUCUGAUAGUCAGAAAAUUGAAGAGAAGAGAAUCAGCCUGAACUCUUCGAAAUUAGAAAAAAACAGGAAAAGUUUGAAUUCUUCAAAAACGUGUGAGAGCGUGUCGAGAUCUGAACAAAACUCACCAAACUCGUCAAAAUUGAAGGAAACAAGAAAGAGUUUGAACUCAUCGAAAUCACGGAAAGAACAAAAUUCCGAACCGGAAGGCGAAGAAUUGAUCUUAAACCUGGAUUCUUCACAGAAUUCGGACGUCGAACAAAAUUGUUCGCUCGAUGUUCUAUCGAAAAAAUCACUUGUAGACGAAAGCGACGACGACGAAGACUUUAAUCCCGAUUUGGAAAAUGGCGACAAAUCGGAGGAGGAAAAUUAUGAAGAGACCGAUUUGGAAGAGAGCGUUUUGUUGGUGCAAGAAACCGAGGAGAUGUUGAAGAACGAAAAUUUAGACGUGAAGCGUUCUAAAAGGAUCAAACUUGAUUUGGGAGAAGGAAUUGAAAACAAAUGCGAAGAGGUGAAGAGAUCGAAACGAAUGAAAAUGGAUGACGAAUCGGAAGCGAGUGUACAAAAGAAACUGUUGGACAUUUCCGGUUCUGGAAGUGGAACUGAAAAUGGAAGAAAAUCUUUGAACUCAUCCAAAUUGGAAGAAAGCUUUACCGCUGAAGUUGAAGAGAACACACAAAAGCCCAAUAAGAAAAAGUCAAGAAAAUCUUUAAAUGAAGUGGAACCUAAAGAGUGCACGGAAGAGGAGGAAUCUGCUAACAAGUCCGGAAUAUCCACAAAAUUGGAAAGAAAAUCACUCGAGAAAAGAGGUAAAAAAUCCAGAAAUUCGCAGAUCACUGAAGAAAUUUCGAACGCAGCGGACCCAUCCGGAAGGAAGUCUUCGAAUGUUGAGGAAACCGAAUCGACAACAACCAACUCCUCAAGUCCCGUAAAAGAGAAAUCUACAAAACUGCAAGAAAUCGAACGCGAUUCGCAAUCGAAACUCGACAUGCUUCUGCAAAACGGUCCGAUCGAAUCGGAAGAAGAUCUCGAAGAAGAAAGUGAAAGAGAAGAAGAGGAGGAAGCAAACGAAUUUCUCGAUACGGAAGCGAUGGAAAAGAACGAAGAGUCCGAAGUCGAAACGGACGAAAACGAAAUAAUCGACGAUGGCGAAUCGGUCGGUUUUUCCUCUUCCGACUCGGUCGAUUCACAAGACGAUUACGAUAUGGACGAUUCUUUCAUUUGCAAUUCGGAAAGCGAAGAGCUCCUAUCGGGCGACGAAAAUUAUCUGGCAGAUGAUAAAAAGGUUGAGAAGAAAAAAAAGAAGAAAAGUCGAAUUAUCACCGUUGAAGAAUCCAGCGAUGAAGAGUUCGAAGUGUUCAAACAAGAAUUAGAGAAGGGAAUUGAGGAAAAAAAAGAUACGACCAACGACGAAAAGCGUUCGCCGCCACAAGUUUCGCAGCAGGGUAACGAAAAAAGGACCAAAAAACGUUCUUCGAAAGAUCUAGAGAAAGACGGAGGAGAACAAGAAGAAGUAGAAGAAGGAAGCCCGCGAGAGUCACCGAAAAAACGUCGAAGUUCAUCGAUAAACAUACAAGAAAACAUCAAAGUCGAAGAAAUUAAGGAAGCUGCGUUGAGCGAAAGAAUCAAUCUGGUUGUCGAAAGUUUUUGCAGUUCCGUUCAAAAGGGUGAAAUAUCGAUGAACUUGUCGCUCCAAUAUGACGAAGAACCGAAGACGAAAAAAUUAAAGAAACGCAGAAGCAAAAGUUUAGAAACGAAAACGGUCCGACGAAAAGAUACGUUCGGCAUUUUGGGCAAAGAGUUGUUAACGGAUGUGAAAAAUAGACCGAAACGUUUGUUGAAACCGUCGGUUUCAGCCGCCGUUUCGCACUGGAAAAGCGAAAGUAUUGCAGUAAAACCUUCCACUUCGCAAUUAACAAGAACGGAACGAGAUACAGGACUCGAAAGGAUUCACAAGAAAGAUUUUAAAAAUCAAAUGUUGUACGAUUCGAAACGUGUUAAAAGAAUUGAUAGUGCCAGUUUGAUUAAGAAAAAACUUGUUAAAUAAUUGAUUUAUUUUAAUGUUUUUUUUUUUUUUGUAUGAGAAAGGCUGAGUUUUAUUUAUUAUUAUUAUGAUUACAUGUGUAUUUGAUAUAUAAGUGUUUUAAGAAUUUAAUAAAUUCAUUUUUAUGA